GAUCGUGACCCACCACCAUAGGUAUAUAUGCUACAGGUCGAGCUCCGAAGCCGUAGGGAUUAGUAGGAAGUGUAGAUUCGGGAAGGAUCUCAGAGUUGCCCGGCAGAAACCCUUCACACUCAGCUAAUGACGAUUCUGGUAGGACCUCCGCUACAUCAGUUGGGCAACCGGACUUCGAUUUUGAUAAGCCCUAUUCGACCUUGACAUCUCCGGAGUCCGUGAAUUGUUAAGCACCCCCAUAUUAUGUCCCGCUACGGCAGUCUAUGACGGGAUGUUUGUAAGUAUUUUCAAUCAUGUUUUAGAGAUUAGCAUUGCUUAGCUCCGUUGGCAAUAUUUAAACGAAGCCUUAAUAUCACUUCUACUGCACAAUCCUCUCAACGAAAACUUCAACAAGCUGUCGAUAGCUGUAAGGUAGCCCCAUCCUGUCAUGUCAGUCAUUGCUAUUGAACCGCGGCUUGAAGCUUUGCUGGACAAGUGUGCGAGCGGACAGGCUGGCAUUAUCCUCUAUACUGCGGAAAACGUCCCGCCAGAAUACCUGAGUUACCGUGAACUUCGCAAUGAGGCAUCACUCAGAGCCAGCUGUCUUCGACGUUACCAUGGCGUGGUCCCUGGUCGAAUUGUCCUGGUUCACUUCCGCAGCCACCGGGAGAACAUAAUCUGGUUUUGGGCCAGCAUCCUGGCGGGCUGCGUUCCAGCCAUGUCGACGCCAUUGGUCAACAACCAUGAAGGUCGCGCAUCUCACUUGGCGCAUUUACAUCGCUUGCUUCUGGAUCCAAUCGUUAUCACGUCCCAGGAACUAUUGAGCACCGAUUUUGCGGAGAACACCCUCCUUCUUUGCGCGUCGGCUGAAAAUACGCACGAGGAAGGCGGAUCCCGAGCGGAUGAAUACACUUCAUUGGAAGAUGUCGCUGCGUUGAUGCUCACGUCCGGAAGUACAGGCGCUGCCAAAGCAGUCUGCUUGAGCCAUGAGCAGAUCUUGACAGCAUGUAAAGGAAAGCUACUCCAUAUGCCCUUGCCGCAGGGCGCCGUUGUAUUGAACUGGAUUGGACUUGAUCAUGUUGGCAGCCUGACGGAGCUCCACCUCACUGCCAUGGUUGCGGGAUGUGAUCAAGUCCAUGUGCCCACAACUGAGGUGAUUGCCGACCCGUUCGUCUUCCUACGCCUCCUCUCGAAGCACCGCGUUGCAAGGACAUUUGCGCCCAACUUCAUGUUAGCCAAGCUGCAGCAGCUGAUAGAUGCUGGACCAGCAGCCGACCUGCGCGGAAUCGACCUCCAAGAGCUGCUCUACCUGAUUUCUGGCGGUGAACCGAACAGUGUCGGUGUCUGCGUUCAGAUUUCGGCGCAUCUCCGCAUGCUCGGUGCCCCCACGACGACCACCCUCACGCCUGGCUUCGGCAUGACCGAAACGUGCGCCGGCGCGAUAUACAGCCGGAAGUGUCCUGAGGUUGAUGUACAAACUGGGACCGAGUUCACGGCUCUGGGAACGUGUGUGCCUGGCAUCGAGAUGCGUGUUAAGAACGACGGCCUUGAAGUUCGUGGCCCCAUCGUCUUCCAGCGCUAUUUCAAUAACGCCGAGGCGACCCAAGAGGCAUUCACUAACGAUGGCUGGUUUCGCACGGGCGACACGGCCACGAUUGACGCGUCUGAGACUCUGCGGCUUGUGGGGCGGUCGAAGGACCUUGUCAUCGUCAACGGCGUCAAGUAUCUCCCCCACGAGCUGGAGACCGCCAUCGAUCAGGCCGAGAUUGCGGGCGUGGCUCUCUCCGGAGUCGUGUGCUUCGCCCACCGUCCGGCGGGCGCUAGCACGGAACACAUCCAGAUCAUUUAUCAACGCGAUUACGAUGCAUAUGACAGCAAAGCGCGUAUGGAUGCGCUGCAGGCCGUCGUUCGCGCUGUGCUCUUCUUUGCGGGCGCGCGACCACGGGUGUUGCCGCUGGCUCCUGGUCGUCUGGAGCGGUCCACUCUGGGAAAGCUGUCUCGAGCAAAGGUUCGGACGUCGUUCCAAAACGGGGAAUAUCAAGAUGAAGCCGAAAUCGACGCCCAAAUGCUGCAAGCAUAUCGAGAAGAUCAUGUGGCCGAACCGGGCAAUGCCAUGGAGCAGAAGUUGAUGUGCGUCUUCCGCGAUCUCCAGGUCGCUUCGUUUGAAAUAGACAUCGACACCCCCAUCCUCGAUAUAGGCGUCACCUCGAUAGACCUCAUUCGGUUUAAACGAGCGGCGGAGAAAGCUUUCGCAAUCAAAGACAUUCCAAUUAUUACCAUCAUGACCAACACCACUAUUCGCACCCUCGCAGCGGCUAUAAAGUGCAUACAGGGGCCACAAACCGACACUUCUUACCAUCCGCUUGUAACGCUUCAGCCGAACGGCGACAAGACGCCGCUCUUCCUCCUGCAUCCCGGAAUCGGCGAAAUGCUUGUCUUCCUCGGAUUGGUCCAGUACUUCCCCGACCGCCCCAUCUACGCCUUCCGCGCCCGUGGCCUCAACGAGGGCGAGCAGCCAUUCACCAGCCAAGAGGAGGUCAUCUCAACGUACCACCGCGCGCUGAAGGCUACGCAGCCCCAAGGGCCCUACGCCAUUGCGGGCUACUCCUACGGUAGUAUGCUGGCCUUUGAAAUCGCCAAACUGCUCGAGACAGGCGGCGAUCGUGUCCAAUUCCUCGGCUCCUUCAAUCUGCCGCCGCACAUCAAGACGCGCAUGCGGCGACUCGACUGGACCGCGGGGAUGGUGCAUAUCGCACAUUUCUGCAGCAUCAUCACCGAGGCUCGUUCUGAAGAGCUCCUGCACGAGCUGCGCCCAUUGCCGCACGACGAGCAGGUCGCCCGCCUCCUUGCCGAAAGCGACCAGCAGCGAUGUGCCGACUUGGCGCUCACGCAGGCCGGCAUCCACAAUUGGACGGAAGUAUCGUGGUCGUUGCAGAAGAUUGGGUGGGAGUACGAGCCUUCGGGGGACGUCUCGCACAUGGACGUGUUCUACUGCCAGCCGCUUAAGGAUGUGGCAAGCAAUCGCGUGGAAUACCGCAAACAGCACCUGAACCACUGGGUAGACUUCGUCCGUGAUGACCUGAAGUUUUGGCAGGUGGAUGGACAGCACUAUACCAUGAUCGGGCCUGAAAAUGUGUCUAGAUUCCAGCAGACGUUAAAGAAGGCACUGGCGGUGCGGGGGUUAUAGGAUAUCCAGCUUUUCUUAUUUGCUUUACGCUGUAUAAUUAGAAUAUACUAGUAAUAAAUUCAGCGAGCCCUGGUUACUGAGGCUAAGCGGUUCGGGUUUGGAAGAGGUGGAUGGGGAAGGUUGCCUACAUAGACUCCGGCGGAUA